AUAAAUAUCCUUAUUUUAUUUUAUUUGCACAUUCUAACUUUGACUUAAAAUGUUUAUAUAAAUAUUUGUCAAGGUUUUAUUUCAUAUUAGAAUAGAGAAACAACACUCGAUUUCUUCUGGGAUAAAUGAAGUAUUCUGAUUCUGAUGAUGACUUUGAUGAUCUGAUUCAAAGAUUAUAUUUGGAUAUAAAAAGGAACUUAAACCAAAAGUACAGAAAAUGUUUGAGAAAUAAAAAUAGUGUAACUCUUUAUUUAUACGUUAUUUUUGUCAUAAAACAUUCCCUUUUCAUCUUUGCGCAAUGGUUCGUGCUUUUAUUGUGAAAGUUUUUACCAGAACUCUUACCAUGAUCUUCCGGACUUCACACUUCAGUUGCUAGGGCGCAACCUCCAUAGCAACCGAACACCUGAGAGUUUAAAAUGUAGGUUUUUUGUGAAUUUAAUCGAAGAGUUGGAUAUUUUAAAAAUGCCGGUUGUAUUACCUUGACAUGAAAAUGCAAUCUACAAAAGUUAUCAAGUCAAAACAAGUGGAGGUGACGAGAAAAAAUCCAGAGAAGAGCAAACCUGGGAAAGUAGGCCUACGCACGGUUAACGGACCUAGAAGUGCACCAUUAGUGCCCGCUGUGCCUGCUGUGCCUGCUGUGCGUAGAAGCCGCGCGUCGACCUCCCAGCAGAGGGAAAGGGGUGAGGGGGGCACCGUGGUGAGUGGACCCGCCCGCAAACCGAGUUGUGAGAGGAGGGGCAGAUCCAGCUCCACUGCCCCCAGAACAGUCACAAAGUGGCCCAGAACUGACCCGGAACACCGGAGGAGGGCCAGCUCUGUUGACCCAAAAUGCCGGGAGCUGAAGGAGCAACAGGGGGUCAUAGCGGAGAAUAAACGUGUCAGUCACAGUAACAAAGCUUUCACGGUCAUCCCCCCAAACCCCAAUAAGAGAAGAGAGAUCCAGAGAAAGGCAGAGGCGGAGCUCGCUGCUUUGGAGGAGCUGAGGCUGAGCAGAGCGAUGGCGUUUGUCUCCAUCCACCCCAGCACUGUGGGUGGCUGUAUGAGUCUGGAGGAAGUACGCUUGAAGCAGCAGCAGGAAAUGAUGCAAGCCAAGAGGAAGCAGAAGCCGAUGAAGCAUCUAAUGGAGCAAACACCUGUCCUGAAAUCCUAGGCUUUAGGUGUUGGAUACAAAAAUGUAACAGUAAAAUAUAAAUUUUUUAGAUGCAUUAUACUACAUGUUUUGUAUACAGUUGUUUAGUAUGUCAUGUACUGUGUAUUUUGUACAUUAAAGGUAUAUUUAAUACAAAUCAUGCAGUUUGGAUAGUUUUAAAACAAGCAUAAAUCCACACUUUUAUUGCCUAAAUUUACCCCAUGAGUAUCUUAUGCAUUUUUUUUACAAAAUAGCCACACACACUUGUUUUUUCAAUUAAUUUCAAAUCAUCAAAAUGCGUUUUGAAAUGAGCAAAUACAUUUCAUAAAUCUUAUAAAGCCUCAUUUGAUUUGAGAAAUGAUUUGUUUAAUGAAAAAGCAUAUGCAUUGUUCUGAAAUCUACACAACUGAGGACUUAAAUAAACAUUUUAAGUCCUAUUGUUAUUGCUAUUUAUCUACCGUGUGUUAUCUUUUGAUUAACCAGCAGAGUGUGUGUGCUUCCUGUUUCAGAGGCCGUGAGGGUGCACAGGGUUUACACAUUAUAAUAUAGCAUUAAUGUGUAAAAACAUGACUUGUGUUUUUUUAGGAAUGUAUUGCUCCCUGUUUAAAUAAGCUAUUCUAAAGAGAUUAUCCAUACUAUAAUCACAGUAGGCUUCAACAUGUCGUAGCAGUUAGCUAAGGUCCUUAAAUCUCUUUGUUUUUAUUGGGAUGAUGUUACAUUUGCAAGGUUUGCAUAACACACGCUCAUGCACAGAUUAA